AUGAAUUUUGAAAAUAUAAUCGAUCUAUGUAACAACACAAUAUUUUGUCCUGAUGAGGAUUGUUAGUCAAGUCACUAAAGAAAAUACGUAGGCCUGUGUUUGGAAUAUCUGAAAAAGGAUCUUGAGGACGAAGAAUCUUGUUAAGCAAACAAAAAAUGCUCCGAUGACUAAUGCACACUUUAUCAUUUCAAUCUAGAAAAAGUCCACUUAUUGUUAUAAAUAUCUCCAAUAAAUGGAGUGUGGGGUUUUAAUUUAUGCCCACACAAUAUUUGUUAAUAGGGUUUGUGUAAAUUCAUUCAUAGAAAAUGGGCUUAAGGCAUAUGCUUGAGUAAUUUAAUAAAAAUAUGCAAAAAUAAGAAUUGUGAAAAUAGACAUGUGUAAUGGGACAAACUUAGAAGAGAAGUGUACACUUAAUAUAAUGUUGCCUAAAUUAACCCAGAGAAUAUUUGUGAAAAUGAAUAAUGUAAUUGCCCUUAUCAUUUAGAAGGAUUUUAAAACUUAUGUUUAAAAUAUCUCCAAGGAAAUUGCCCAAAUAAGAUAUGCUUAAAACAACAUUGUGAUUGGGAACACAUUAACUAAAUUUCUUGUUAAAAAUAAUAACUUUUGCCAUGUACCAGUAAAAUACAAGGAAAUAGUUUUAUAGAUUUUCUCGAAAAUGCAAAGCGCUUUGAAAUUCAAUAAGUAUGUGAAAAGGAAAAGUUGAUAAACUUUUAAAGGGAAAUCCAUCAAUCAAAUAUCAUAGAUGUGAUCUUCAUUUUAGAUUUGACAAAGUCGAUGAAUCGUUGGUUGGAAGCUAUUAAAAAGUAAAUUGCCAAACUAAUAUAUCAAUUUAAAGAAAAGAUCAAUGGGUAUGGAGUGAGAAUAGGGUUUGUAGGAUAUAGAGAUACUUGUGAUGAAGAGGAAUAGUUGGUGUAUAGAUGUUUAACAGAAAACUUUGAAGAGAUAAUUAAAGUAAUUUCAAAAUAGGUAGCUCAAGGAGGUGGGGAUUAGGCAGAAGAUAUUGUUACAGCAUUGGAAUAAGGAUUGAAUUUAAAUAUAUCAAGACACCCAGACAGUAUUUUAUGUACAUUCUUAAUCACUGAUGCUCCUUGUCAUGGAAAUCAAUAUCACUCCGACGAAAUAUCAGAUGAUCAGAGUGAUGCAGUAGAAUAAGGUCAUUUAGAAAAUAUCAUAUUAAAAUAUAAAGAGGCCAAGAAUCUUAGCUUUUUCACCUGCUUUAAAAUCAGAAAUUCAACUGACAUCAUGUUUAAUAAAAUGCAAGAUGUAUUUCCUGACAUUAUGAUAACUAGAAAGAGCUAGCCUGAUGAUUUUCCUACUCUUGUUAAAUUCGCAAUUGAAUCAUCAAUUACUAAGAGUAUCAAUAGAUCAAUGUUUCCAAAAACAACUUAGAAAUUUUACUCUGGAGCUAAAUUUAUUAAACCAAAAAUAAUUAAUUAUCAAUUCUCUGAAGCACAAAUAAAAAAGUCAUUGUUUUGGACAUAAUUUAUUGAUAUUGUUGAUUAAUUUCAAAGAUAAGGAGUGACUGCCUUAGAAAUCAAUUAAGAACCAGAAAUCACUAAGAUAAAUGUACAAAACUAUUCAAAUUACAAUAAAAAUUACUUAGAUCAUACCAAUACUUGUGUUUUUAAAAUUUUUGAUGCUUUAAAUAAUAGAUUUAUGGCUGUAAAACUAUCAAAAGAGCACGUUAAAAAGUAUUUAGACAAUCAACUAACUGAGGAAGAUAUCAAAAUUGCAGAAGAGCUAGCAAAAUCUAGGUAUUAUGUUGCUGCUCACGCAAGCUAGUUAGCAUUUCUAUUUAGAGAAUUGACAAAGGGUUUUGAUGAAAUACCUCCAAUCUUUUACGUAUCUCCUAUUCUUUACACUUUGGAUAUUCCCUUUUAUGGAUUAAACCUAUUAUAUGCAGAGACUUUCAUAGAUUCAGCCAAGUUUUAAUGGAAGAAAUAUUCAACAAACGGUGCUUUUACAUCGCCACAAUUUUAUUUCUACUCUGCUUUCAGUCAUUUCACUUAUACAGAAACAGAAGGAACCCUUGUAGUUUUGGAUUUGUAAGGAUCUAAUAACAUAUUGACUGAUGCUUCUAUUUAAUCUGCAGAUGGUAUGAUUCCACUCUUAGAAAAAGAUCCAACCAAUUAAAAAUAAAUUGGAAUAAUGACUUUCCUAUAAAAAUAGCAUGAAAAAUGUAGUAUUGUAUGCUAAAAACUUAAUUUAAGUAGGAAGAACUUUUCAAUAGCAAAUCCAUAAAUUGAUCAUCUUUUUUGGAACAUUCAAGAUCAUCAGAUGAUAUCAAUAUUAUGUGAAACAUGUUCAUAAUAAAGGUUAUAUUCAUUGGAUUAAUAUAAACAAAUGAAAGAGAUUAAAUGUGAUAUUUGCAGAGAUUUAGAAAAACAACCAAUAGAUGCAAUAUGUAGAUGCUGUUCAUAAAUGUAUCAUCAUGAUCCAAAUGAGGAUCUACUGUCAUUGACUGUUUAUGGUUAUUGUAAAUUUUGUAAAAUCAAUUGUUGUCUUAGGCAAAAUAGAUGUUUAUACUGCUUGAGUCAUUGUUGGUUAAAUUUAAAAUAGAUUGGGGAAUUCAGUUAAUACGUUUGUAAAAGCGGAUAUUAAUACUUACAAGUUUUACAUUGUUAAGUUUGUAAAUCCUAAUACUAAUUCAAAUAAAUUCUAUCAGAAUAGGAGUAUAAGGAAGGAAUUUUUAUUUGUUGCAACAAUUAAUGA